GUCCCCAAACACGUCGUUCCCGCUGCCAGCCUGGCCCACUGGCGACGUGACGGGCAUCCGUCCGGCCGCAGCGUGAUUCGAUGGCGUUGCACAACCUAUUAACCGCGCCUGUGCGCAGGUCGAGUGUCCUCUUCUUCCCUUCUUUUGCUUGCAGUCGUGCGCAACACUUACGGUUUUUGCGACUAUCAUUUGGGUACGGGCGGAUUAAGCGGAAGUGUAGCUAGAAGCAAGCGCAGUCAGCAAAGAUGUCAGCGAAACACUUCAUCAACGACCCGACGCACCUCGUCAACACCGCCCUCCUCGCCCUGACCCACACCAAUCCCUCCGUGACUGUAGACCUGGCUAACAAAAUUGCCUACCAUGCGCCCCCCACGCCCCAGGUCUCCAUCGUCAGCGGUGGCGGCUCCGGCCACGAGCCGUCCUUCUCCUCGUUCGUCGGCGCCGGACUUCUCUCCGGCGCGGUCGCCGGCACCAUCUUCGCGUCGCCAAGCGCGGAACAGGUCCGGAGAUGCAUUUUGCACCGCGUGGAUAAGAGUAAGGGCGUGUUGGUGGUGGUGAUGAAUUAUACGGGGGAUGUGCUGAAUUUCGGGAUGGCGGUAGAGAAGGCGCGGAGUAGGGGUGUGGAGGUCGACAUGGUGGUUGUAGGGGACGAUGUGGGCGUUGGGCGCAAGAGAGGUGGGAAGGUGGGCAGAAGAGGGAUUGCGGGCACGUGUCUUGUUCAGAAGAUUGCUGGAGCGUUGGCCGCGAAGGGUGCCAGUUUGAAAGACGUGUCGCGGAUAGCGCAGUUGACGGCCGAUAACAUCGUCUCGAUUGGUUCGUCUUUGUCGCACGUCCACGUCCCGGGGCGCAAGACGGAUGGCGGGGAAGAUGAGCUGAAAGAGUCGGAGAUCGAGAUCGGGAUGGGCAUUCACAACGAGCCAGGGUCUGAGCGGAGGACGACUGAUCUGCCAGAACUCGUGAAGACCAUGCUGUCGUACUGUUUGGACAAGUCGGACAAGGACCGAAACUUCUUGGACAUCUCUGACGAGGAUGAAUUUGUCCUGCUAGUCAACAAUCUGGGUGGGGUGAGCGUGCUAGAAUUAGGAGGUAUUACCAACGAAGUUGUGGAGCAGCUGGCUGAUGACUGGAAAAUCAAGCCUGUCCGGAUCCUGUCAGGCACGUACAUGACCAGCCUAAAUGGCCUAGGCUUCAGCAUCAGUCUACUCAAGGUCACGGACACUGGGUUGGGCGAUGAAAAGUCGAUGGUCAAGUUGCUAGAUGCACCCGCGGAGGCUACUGGCUGGGCUGCUGCGGUAACCGGCGACGCAUGGGCGAAAGGUGCUGACCUGGCAAAGGCAAGGCGAGGCUCCGACGAGGAGGAAGUGGAGCCAAGUAAUCUGCGAUCCGCAGAGCCCGACGUCACAAAUUACGACACUAUUGUCGGAGAUGGAGACUGCGGAAUAGGAUUGAAAAGAGGCGCUGAAGCCAUUUUGCAAAUGUUGGAUCGGACGAAGCAGACUGAGGAUCCUCUAAUUUUCUUGCAAAACGUUAUUCAGGUCGUCGAAUUGGCCAUGGACGGAACUUCCGGUGCCAUUUACGCCAUCUUCUUGAACGCGCUUGCCCAUGGCCUGCGACAAAAUUCGCCCUCAUCGCCAGCACCAAUCACGCCUCAGAUAUGGGCAAAAGCGCUCGAAUCCUCCUUGCAGGCUUUGGGAAAAUACACGCCUGCCAAACCAGGAGACCGAACACUGAUAGAUGCGCUUUAUCCGUUUGUGGACACACUCUCGAAAACAGGAAACGUAGAUUCAGCUGCCAAAGCGGCGGACCAGGGAGCGCAAGGUACAAAAGGGAUGAAAGCCAGUCUUGGACGAACGGUAUACGUCGGCGGGGAGGGCUGGGAGAACGUGCCAGAUCCCGGUGCGCACGGUCUUGCGGAGCUGUUACUGGGCCUCAAUGAGGGAUUGAAUAAGUGA